AUGAUGAAAGAUACCCGCUGGCCAGAAAUCCCACUACUCGCCCUACGGGGUGUUCAGUUGUUCCUUGGCCUCUUAUGUCUCAGUAUGGCAGGUAACCUCAUUGAUACCUACACUGUUCGGUCAUUCUGGCAAUUCAACAUUGUCCUUGUUUGUGGCCUCUUCUCUCUUCUAUACGCGGCAAUAAACUUUGGACUUUUCUACAUCAACUUGCUUCUGCCGUUGGCAAUCGUCGUCACCGAUGCGUUCAUGGUGGUUCUAUGGCUCGUGGCGGUGGCCGGAUUGGGAGACUUUGAGUCGAGCACGGGCAUCUUCGAUGACAACUGCGGCGCCUAUGAUAACUCUAAGAUAAGCAACUCAUGCAACGUGCUUAAAGCUGCAUGGGUGUUUUCUUUUUUCAGUUUCCUCCUCUUCUGUGCCACCACCGCGCUCGCAUCCUACAUUCUCCACAAAAACCGCAAAGAUCUUCGCGGCGCGAGAUACAACAGCGGCAUAGACCCCAACGGCAAUGACGUUGAGAACGGUCAAGCCAUGGCCCCAGUUCAAGAGCAGGUCUACCCAGUUCAAGAGCAGGUCUACCCAGAACACAGCCCCGUUACCUACCCGCAACAGGUACAAUACCAGCAGCAGCAGCCUCAGGGAGUUCCUAACGAAGGCUACUACCCUCAGUCGCCUGAGCCAGUGAUCUCACCUCCGCAGACCCCCGCGCCAAAUCCACAGCAGCAGUACGAACACCAGCAACAGUAUGCCGCGUCACCUCCACCCCCACCACCAGUUAAUGCACAGGAGAUGCCAACGUAUCGUUAA